AUGGGUUCGAUCGAAACCCUUCCCGCUGCCGCUCUUCUGGCCUCUAACCACAACAUGAAUGAUCCUGUGGUGAUCGUUGGCAUGGCGUGUCGACUCCCGGGAGGCGUGUCCUCCCCCAACGACUUCUGGGAGAUGCUCAUCAAUGAGCGCUCCGGGCAAUGCAAUGUGCCCAAGACUCGUUUCAACGCCGACGGAUUCUAUCACCCUGAAGGUGAUCGCGCCGGGGUAAUGAACACCAAAGGUGGCUAUUUUCUGAAUGAGGAUGUCCGCCAAUUUGAAAACUCCUUCUUUGGAAUCAACAAUCUAGAAGCGACUUAUAUGGAUCCCCAGCAACGUAAACUGCUCGAGGUCGUGUAUGAAUGCUUUGAAAGUGCAGGUGUUUCAAUGAAGCAGGCUGCCGGUGCAGAUAUUGGAGUUUUUGUGGGCAACUUUACCGUGGACUUCCAGACAAUGCAGGCCCGGGACCCCGAGGCACUGCACAGGUACAGUGCCACUGGCUCUGGCACCGCGAUUCUUUCAAACCGAAUCAGCUAUAUCUUUGAUCUUCGUGGUCCAAGCUUCACCCUCGACACGGCUUGUUCAUCUUCCAUAUAUUGUCUUCACAGUGCGGUCAGCGCUGUCAGGGCUGGCGAGUGCGAGGGUGCAGUGGUAGCUGGUGCCAACCUGAUCAUGGGGCCUGAGCAGCAUCUGGGUACCAUGAAAGGAGGUGUGCUCUCUCCCACAUCGACUUGCCAUACGUUUGAUGCCAGUGCCGAUGGAUACGGCCGUGCCGAGGGUGUGAGCGCCUUGUACAUCAAGCGCUUGUCGGCUGCCUUACGUGAUGGUGACCCCAUCCGUGCGGUCAUCAGAGGAAGCGCUGUCAAUGCGAAUGGCAAAACCUCUGGCAUCACUCAGCCCAGUAUCUCAGGACAGGCUGAAGUCAUCCGCAAAGCAUAUCGCAUGGCCGGUCUGAAUGCACACGACACUGACUACGUUGAGUGCCAUGGUACCGGAACUGCUGUCGGUGAUCCCAUGGAAGUUGAAGGCUUGAGUCGAGUGUUCUCGCGCAAGGGAGAAUUUCCUUUGUUGCUCGGCGCGAACAAAACAAACGUCGGACAUAGUGAGGCAGCCAGUGGUAUUACAGCUGUGAUUAAAGCAGUCCUUGCAUUCGAACACAAUGCCAUCCCUGCCACCAUCGGAGUGACUAAACUGAACCCCAAGUUGAAAUUGGAUGAAUGGAACAUGAAGGUCGUUACCAAGCUCACUAGCUGGCCCUCUGCCAUGCGUCGUAUAAGCAUCAAUUCAUUCGGAUAUGGUGGUGCCAAUGCGCAUACGAUUCUGGAAGAUCCGAAGCAAUUUCUCUCAUCCAUCACCACAAUUCCUGAGGCGAUCAUAUACGAUCUACCAACGGAUAAGAUGUAUCUUCUUCCCUUGUCCGCCUCCACCACUGACGCAGUAGAGAGCCGAGUGAUCGACCUGGGCAACCGCGUCCGUCAGGGGGCAAAGUACGACUUUAUUGAUCUGACACAUACUCUGGCAAACCGACGAUCGAAGCUGGCCCGACGAGGCUACAUCCUUGCUAGUCCGGCUACUGCCGAGACCGACCUCGCUCUUGACAAGCUUGUAACUCAAGACCUUCCCAAGUUGGACAUGGCCUUCAUUUUCACUGGCCAGGGAGCUCAAUGGGCUGAGAUGGGUCGCGAGUUGCUCAAGCGGAGUCCGAUAUACCGGUCUACAAUCGACAAGCUGGACAAGGUGCUGCUACAGCUGCCUGAAGCACCUGCUUGGUCGAUCAAGGCUGCGCUCAUGGAGGCAGCUCCUUACAGCCGCGUCGGCGACGCACGUUUCUCUCAACCUCUGUGCACGGCAGUGCAAAUUGGAAUUGUUAACAUGCUAAAGAGCUGGAAAGUGCGCCCAAAGAUGGUGGCCGGCCAUUCGUCGGGCGAAAUUGCUGCCGCAUAUGCAGCUGGCCUGCUGAGUGAAGCUCAGGCGAUCAUGAUUGCGUAUUAUCGCGGACAUGUUGUUGGGCAACUCAAGCCACAAGGCGCCAUGGUUGCUUUUGGUGGGAGUGCAGAAGAGGCACGCCAACUGAUCGAAAGUCUGUCACUCCAGGAUGAGCUGGUCGUGGCUUGUGUGAACUCUCCUGAGAGUGUGACCGUGUCUGGCACUGUGUCCGGUGUAGACCUCCUCCUAGAGACAGCUUCUCAAUCCGGAAAAUUCGCCCGUAAGCUGCAGACGGGCGGCAAAGCGUACCACUCAUACAUGAUGAAAGAGGUCGGCGCUGAAUAUGAUCGACUGAUCGAGGAGGCAUGGCCAACCCUCCCAUUCAACCCAUACGACAACGACGUGCAGUUCUUCUCGAGUGUGGGCAUUGAUGGCCCUAACUGCUACAACCGCCAAACCAGCAGAACACUUCCCCUGAGCUAUUGGCGCCAGAAUCUUGAGAACCCCGUCCAGUUCACGGCGGCCAUGACUCGUGUUCUCGAGAAGGGCAAAUGUCAUAUCAUUGAGAUUGGACCACAUUCAGCCCUGCAGCUGCCAAUCAAGCACAUCCGGGCAUCCUUGCAACGCUCACUUGACGACGUGACAUACAGUGCUACCCUUGUCCGUGGGAAGGAUUCUGACAAAUCCAUGAAAGCACUGGCUGGAGAACUGUAUCUCCGUGGUCAUGAAAUUGACAUUAUGGCUGUCAAUGAUGUCGCAUCCACUGCAGCCAAGGUCAUUCCCGAUCUGCCCCCAUACCACUGGAGCUACAGCCAGCUACUUUGGCGAGAGUCUAGACUGAGCAGCGAUCUUCGAACCCGAAGGUAUCCACGUCAUGAGCUUUUAGGAUCGGAAAUGGCCGCUGGCAAUGGCAUUGACCGCGUGUGGAAAAACACAUUACGGCUCAACGAGCUUCCCUGGCUGGGUGAUCACAAACUCGAGAGCCAGGUAGUCUUCCCAGCAGCUGGCUACAUCGCGAUAGCGAUUGAAGCGGUUUCCCAGAUCAUAGGCGUCAUCGAAGCAGACACAUCCUUCGUCUUGCGGAACCUCAAUAUCGCUUCCGCAUUGACGGUCCACGCGGAUGAACACCAGCAAGCUGACCUGUACACAACUGUCUCCCCUGCUCGGAUUUCCAAAGCGACCGCCUCUAGCAGCUGGUAUGACUUUACUAUCUCCUCGCGCCAGGAUGAAGGCACAGUGUCCCAUUGCACAGGCCGUAUCAAGCUUGGCGCUCGAUCCUCCACCCCAGCCGUCACAGUUGACGCAACCGACUAUGAGAAAUGGUCCAUGGGGCCGUGGUAUACCAAGCUGGCUGAUGAGGGUCUGGUUUUUGGUCCUGCGUUCCAGUCACUUACUUCAAUGAAGACGGACAAAAGGCGGAUUAAUCCAGCUGCAGUCUCCGAGACUGCCAUCACCCAGAGAGUGUCUCGAUCUUCAUACAAAGGAGAUUACUAUACCGUACACCCUCUGACGAUUGACGCGUGUCUUCAGGCUGCCAUUAUGGGUGGCACGGCUGGUAAUCUAAAUCAGCUUCGCGCUCAUCUGCCGGUUUUCCUUGACGAGUGUGAGAUCAACACUCCCAAUCCAGGUUGUGUCAAUACCUCUGGGGCUAUUCAUACUCGAUCGCAGAGUACUGGAUUUGGUACGAAAUCUAUCGAUGCCUCGCUGCAGGAUAUAUCGGGCUCUAUUGUUAUCAAUAUGCGCAGUGUUCGCCUCUCUCUAUUUACUGGCAAGGCUGAACAGGAAGACUCAUCUACCAAUCGUCAUCCAUGCCUGCGGGUGGUCUGGAAGCCGGAAUUGUUUAGCCUGACUACAGACGAUGAGAUGCGUCUGCAAGACAAGAUCAACAACUUCCUCCAGAGCCGCCCCGACCUGGCGGACAAUGCUAAGGUCGGAGUGGUGUCUGCCUUGUUGGACUUGGCCGCCCACAAGAAUCCUCGUCUGCGGGUACUGGAGCUUGGUCAGGGAUGUGACUGUAAGACGCGCGGGUGGAAGGAUCUACUCGAUGAGAAGAGAGAUUUCCCUCGUGUGAGGGAGUGGAAGACGACAACGAAUGAGGAGGCCAGUGGAAAGUACGACAUGAUUUUGCUUCCUCAUCUCCCUGGCAGCAAGCCACUGGGGAAGAUUGAAACAUUGCUGAACCAUCUUGACGUCAAUGGCAUAAUUGUUGGCCGAGCGGAGAGUCUCAUGUCUGCCUCGCUAGCACAAGCGGGAUUCACUACGUUCAAUCUGCAACAUGGCAUCACGCUGGCCAUUCCCUCUCUGUCACAGACCAAGCCGAAGGGCCGCAUUGUCUUGCUUCACAGACAACCGUCCAAAAUGACAGAAACUCUUCGUCAAUUCUUCGAAAUCAAGGAUGUAAUUUCCGCCCAACUGGGUGAAGUCACGCAAGACAUCAUCUCGCAGUCGACUGUCAUAUCUAUGCUGGAAUUGGAAAGCCCCUUCCUUGCCACCAUGACACCGGAGGAAAUGAAGCUUUUCAAGAUCGUGACGGACAAUGCUGCCAACCUCGUCUGGUUGACGGGCCAUGCCACCAUGGCCGGCCAAGCCCCUGAUCUUUCCCUGGCCAGCGGCCUAUCGCGAGCCCUGAUGUUGGAACAGCCAGCUCUUCGCUUCUUCAUCCUAGACGUGGGUCAGUCUCUUGGUCCUGCGAGUCGCCUCUCCAUCUGCAACACGGUGAAGCAUGUUCUUACAUUCGAUGACUUGGCGGAAGACAAGGAGUUUGCCUGGCACGAUGGUCUCCUCCACAUCAGCCGAUUCGUGCCAGACACCACUCUCAAUGAUCUCUUCAGCAAACGUCAGUUUAAUGAUAUCGAUACAAUGACCCUGGCUGAAGCCUCACCUGCUCGUCUCGCUAUCCAGCGUGUCGGUAUUACUGACUCCAUCUACUUCCAGCGUCUAGCGGAGCCUCUUACGGAGAUCCCCUCUGGGCAGGUCGAGAUCGAAGUGAAGGCUGUCAGUCUCAAUGCGAAGGACAUCUACACCCUGUCUGGUAAGGUCGAAACGCGCAAAGGUACGGCUGCGAUCGAGUUCAGCGGAAUUGUUCGAGCAGUCGCAUCAGACAUCUCGCAUCUCGUCCCUGGCGAUCGCGUCGUUGUCCUAGCCCCUAACAAUUUUGCCACCAUCGAGCGAGUGCCGGCCUGGGCUUGUCUCAAGAUGCUUCCACACGAGUCCUUCGAAGUGAUGCCGACUCUUCCAGUCAUUUAUGGAACUGCGCUGUAUGCUCUCGACGAUCGAGCUCAUCUGCGCGCUGGCGAAAGUAUCCUUGUGCACUCUGGGGCCGGUGCGUUUGGAACCGCCACGAUCGCUAUUGCGCUACAGCGAGGAGCGACUGUGUAUACAACUGUCAGCACGGAGGAAAAGAAAGAUUAUCUCGUGACCACUUUUGGGAUUCCCCGUGAGAACAUAUUUGGCUCUCGCGAUGAGUCCUUUGUGGAGGGGAUUCUGGCGGCUACCAACGGCCGCGGUGUGGAUGUCAUCGUCAAUUCCUUGACAGGCGAUCUUCUUCAUGCCACUUGGCAAUGCUGCGCCAACUUUGGUCGCUUUGUCGAGGUUGGCAAGCGUGAUAUCAUUGAUGCCGGUAACUUGGAUAUGCGCACAUUCCUUCGCAACGCGACGUUCACUGCCUUUGAUCUCACAGAGCUCUUCUACCACGACGAUGAACACUACCGGAAGAUUUGGACCACGAAAUUCGCGGAAGCUUUAGAGCUGUAUCGUUCCGGCGCUGUCAAGCCAGUUCCCAUCGCCACUUUUGAUGUCAGUGAGAUUGCCCAGGCAUACCGCUUCUUCUCCACCAAAGGUCGUAUCGGCAAAGUCGUCAUCUCACUCGAGAAUCCAUCGAGUAUGAUUCGAGUUGCUCAUGCACGCCAUCUGACCACUUUCGAUGCGAACAAAUCUUAUCUCCUUGUCGGAUGUCUUGGAGGUCUGGGUCGCAGUCUCAGUCGGUGGAUGUUCGAUCGCGGUGCUCGGAACUUCACCUUCCUUGGUCGUUCGGGCUGUGACAAGCCUGCAGCUCAGGAGCUUGUUUCCACCCUUGAGGCCUCCGGCGCUACUGUGCAAGUCGUGCGUGGAGAUAUUGUCAGCGCAGAUGACGUCCAGGCCGCGGUUGACGCUUGCACCCUGCCUAUUGGUGGUGUGGUUCAGGCAGCGAUGGGUCUUAACGAAGCGCUCUUCUCGACCAUGUCACACAAGGCCUGGCAUACGGGCAUUCAACCCAAAUGGCAAGGAACUUGGAAUCUUCAUAACGCUCUGGAGGCACGCGGCGACAGCGAACUAGACUUCUUCCUCCUGACCUCCUCGGUCUCGGGUAGCGUGGGUACCGCCACGGAAUCCAACUACUGCUCGGCCAACGGUUUCCUCGACGCUUUCGCAAGAUAUCGUCGCAGCCUCGGCAAACCCAUUGUAUCGAUUGGCCUUGGUAUGAUCUCUGAGGUCGGCUAUCUCCAUGAAAACCCAGAGAUUGAGGCACUCUUGCUCCGAAAGGGAAUUCAGCCACUGAGCGAGGCCGAACUACUCCAGGUUAUUGACCUGGCUCUCGCUCAUACCUCCGCCAAUGAACCUAAGUACCUGCUCCCUGGCCUAGAAUAUGAUCGCCUGUCUGUCUCGCACAUUCUCACUGGUUUGGAACCCCACGGAAUUCGCAAGUUGCUUGACCGCGGCUUUGAUGUCGACAACGGGACGAUGCAAGAUCCCAGAGCCGUUCUCCUGGCCGCCUCGCUAGAUGCGCCCUCCACCGAGAACUCCUCCUCGGGAACGUCCGGUGCUGUUUCACUCUCGAGCAUUCCCUGGGCUGUAGGCCUUUCCGCCGGUGUUCUCAAGUCCAUGGCUUCGACCAGCGAGGUCGCAUCCGCAUCUACCCUCAACGACGCAAUUCUAAUUCUGGUUCGGAAGCGAUUCUCCAAUCUCCUCCUCAUGGACCUGGAUCGAAUUGAUUCUAGUAAGCCGAUUGCGUCUUAUGGAAUGGAUAGUAUGAUCGCGUCGGAGUUCCGUUCGUGGUUCUACAGUGUUUUCAAGGUUGACAUUCCUUUCUUGGAGGUUCUCAACCAGACCUCGUCGUUGCAGAGUUUGUCUGAUGCUGUAGAGAAGAAGUUGGCUGUUUAG